AUGUCUACCGACAGCAAUUCCACGCCGACCUCGACCUUCGCUUCAUCGUGGUCAUCCAUGUACCAUGAUCGCCGCCAAGGUAUCAUUUUCUUCUGGUACGAGCCCUUUGAGCUUGUACUGACCUCGGAGCUUCCUGUCGACUCCUACUGCGGUGAUGAGGCUGGCAUAUCCCAUCCCGAGGGGGACACCGAAAACACUGCGUGCAACCACCAAGCUUCACCGGGCGACGAUGCAAUACAAAUCGGGUCAGAAUCCCUUGCGUUGACCUCGGGCUCGGAGGUGUGCGACAGAGGCUCAUUAGACCUACUCGCCAUCCUGGCUUCUUCUCAGGAGGUAUGCGAGUCGCUCAACGUGCAUGUCGAACCUCUCGCAGAGGGCGUCCAGGAUAUCGGCAAGGUUGAAGGUGUGAUUCAUAGAGAGGCCUAUAACUCAUCAUCGUCCCCGGAACUCGGUUGCUCAGUGCCGCGGAAACGAUCGAAGAUGGAUAUCCAAGUGACAUUCGCUGCCCCGUCCCUUGGGAUCAUGGGAGCCGAUUCUCCACCCCAGGAACGUUGCGCCUCUCAGCUGUCCUCGGAUAAGGUCGACAGCUUUGAAGAUGUCGUCUCUGAAUACGACCUGGCUCUGUCAUGCGGCCAUGGAGCAAAGGACGCAGUCAGAACAAUCUCGGACGGCCUCGAUCAGCCUUCUCAUCUUGACGAACCUGCCAGACAACACAUGUCAUCCCCGCUGAGACUCCAGCACGAACCGAAUCCAGGGAUGAAUUUGAAUGAAGAACCUCCAGCCGGAAUUCCACAUAGAAUCUGGGUCAAGUAUGGUAUGGAUUACUUCCUGAGUAGUCUGUUAGGCUGCAGACCCAGUCAUGUUCUCUCCUCGGCUGACCGGCGUCCCUUGACUUUCUGGAUCGCCGAUAUGGAUCGUCAUGCCCUCGUGCGUGACUAUAUCGAGCGUCACGGCGGCCGACUUGUACCUUUCAGAUUUGCAGAGUUCAUUGUCUUCGAUCGGCGAAAGUUGCCCAGCGAAUCAUGGUCCCCUUACUAUGACAUGAGAGAAGAUCAAGAGGCUGUUCUCCUCAAUUGGAUAGUCCAGAGCGUCAACGAGGGACGGAUCUUGCCCAUCGUCCCGUAUCUCGUUCGAUAUCGGCAUUGCGACUACAGAAACCAUCGGCGCGACACUAGAGGUCCAUCAUCCAGCCUGUAUCAUCAUCAUCCCCGCUCGCAAUUCAGGACCCCUGCCUUGUAUCCCGAAAGAAGGGGCAUCCCACCAGACGGUCAUCGAGCUCGAGGUUCAUUUCACUCACUUGAAAUGGAUUCACCAUAUACUGCACCUCGCCAUCGUUGGAGCUCUGGAGCCAAUGGCUGCAAAGACAGCCUGAGAUCUGGCCGGAGCAACAAUCCUCGUCAAGAUCUUCGUUUCGAAACGUCGACCAGCGUGGGCACGGCGAAUCCUGUUCCAAAUAGCAGGGCGGGGUCUCAAUCACGUGGAGGAUCCACACGACUCGAUAUGGAAGUUGACCAAGUGGAUCCGGCUGAGAGGCUUGAUACGAUCCCUUUCAGAGACCCUUCGUUAGACAAGAGGCAGCAUGAGGUAUCACCCAUGGAGGGUUUCUCCGAUCGAGCCGCCUGCGCUGGACGUGAGGCCGAUCAGGAGAUCAAAGGAGGCAACAGCGAUGUCAAGACACUGGGCGUCGAGAAUCUGAACGUUGAGAAGAGACCUGCUAUGUCACGCUCUGAGUCGUCCAUGUUCAUCAAGAGCAGUAGGCGUUCGGCAUCUCGGGUCGCCGUCAAGUGUCCGACGGCAGCAUCAGAAACACAAGCCAGUCCGAUUCAUUCAACAAUCUGA